AUGUCGAUUUUGUCAAAAAAUAAUAACAAUAUAUGUGGAUAUGUUGACGACGACUGGCAAUGUAUUCAAGGUGCUUUCGAGCAAAAUUUCAUCGAUGGAUUGGAUAUCGGUGCAAGUUUAAGUAUAUAUCAUCAUGGUAAAUGUGUUGUAGAUCUCUAUGGUGGUUGGAUAGAUUUUGAAAAGAAAGCUCAACCUUAUAUAUCUGAUACAUUGCAAUUAGUUUUCUCUACAUCGAAAGGAAUAUUGAGUGCGGCAGUAGCGCUAUGUGUCGAAAGGGGAUGGCUUGAAUAUGAUGCAGCAAUUACGAAAUAUUGGCCAGAGUUCGGUGCAAACGGAAAAGAAAUGAUAACUAUUGAAGAUCUAUUAGCACAUCGAGCAGGUUUACCAUACAUUAAUCGAUCCGUAACGACAGAUGAAGCUUGCGACUGGUCGAAGAUGAUUUCAUUGUUAAUUGAUGAGAAACCUCAUUGGAUACCCGGAUCUACUCAUGGAUAUCAUGGUCACACAACUGGAUAUAUUGCAGGCGAAUUGAUACAUCGUGUUGAUCCUCAGCAUCGUUCAUUUGGUCAGUUUGUUCGCGAAGAAAUCGACUCGGAAUAUUAUGUUGGUUUACCGGAUAAGACAACAGAUCAACGUGUGGCACCUCUUUAUGAAAUUCCAACUGAAACGAAAGAAACUGAUUCGCAAGCUGAACAAACGUUGACAUGCAGUGGUGCACUUCCUCUAAAUCAGCCAACAAUGAUCUAUAACAAGUCGCGCAUUCACCGAGCGCAAUUACCAGCUGUCAAUGGAAUCACAAAUGCCCGUUCGUUAGCUCGAAUCUACAGUCGACUCAUUGGUGACGUCUAUGAAAACGGAACAGUCAUCAAACGUCUUCUUAAUGAAAAGACUUUAUUACAAGCAAUACAAAAUAUAACACCUAAUGGUGAACUUGAUCAAACUUUAUACGGAAUACCAACCGGUUUUAGUAAAGGAGGCUUUCAGAUAUAUGGUGAUGCAUUUCAAAUAUUCGGCGAUAGUGUCUUUGGUCACACUGGUUAUGGCGGUAGCUGUGCUUUUGCGUAUCCUCCUUACGAAUUAGCUUAUGCUUAUGUAUGCAAUCAACUCAAUCCGCUUUCAUUGACAGUUGAUAUUCGAACUACACGUAUUCUUCGAAUAAUCGAAGAGCAGAAUUGGUUCCCUAUUCUGACUUUCGAUCAACAUGGUAUAUUAUACAACUCACAUCUUUCUCAACCGGGGCAUACAUCUGCUUCAACUGUUACUAUUCCUCACACAUCAUCAAGUGUUCGUACACACGAUUUUCGUCUCUAUCCAAAUUCUCGUGCUGCACAUGAAUACAACGCUAUACAGAUCGAUAACAUCGCCAGCAGCAUGUUCCACGCUCCAAAAACUUCGCAGGCAAUUGAUAGUUUUAAACUGUUAGCAUACUCGGAAUCUACAUUUCGUUCGGCAUCAUUUCCGAUCAUUUGGCUUGAUAGCAAAGGUGACGUACACUGGAACUACGCUGCUCAAUAUGAAACAUUGAAUUAUCUAUUAGAAAAACAAUUUCCUCAGGAAAAAGUUUCCACGUGUCUUUCUCGACAACUAUUUAUUUUAGAACAAUGGCCAAUGGGUUUUUUCAGUCGUCACCAUUGUUUUAUUGAACAUUUCGGACAAACUUUAUAUUCACCGUCGAUGACCAUACUGUUACCGCGACGUUUUGCUACUUCGAAUGCUGCACCAGAAGAUGUCACGAAGGAAGGAACAGUUCGUUAUUUUCAAUCCAUCUCUCUUUGUUCGUCCCAUAUAACGCAUCCAGAUUUGAAAGCCUUACACGAUCAGUUGAGAUCAACUGGAUCAGGAUCAUCGGCUAUCAAAGUAAUCAAUCAUGUCCAUGAGCUGCUCGAACGUGAUGAAACGAAAAUUCGCUUUAAAUAUAGUCGAGAAAUAUGGAAAUUUGGGUAUGAACAUGUGCCACAUCGACGAUGGUUAUUCGAUCGAGAUCGAAAUGAAACGAAAAAAUCUCUUACUUAUCAUUCACCAAUACCACUCUUGAUCAAUCAUUCCAACGAACAUAUUUAUUAUGAUCAGAGUCCGUCAUUUGAUCCAUCGAAAUGGAUUCCAAGAAAUGUACCUCAAGCAUGGCCCACAGAUGUUCUCCCUGGUACAUCGAAAAUUAUGACCGUUCAAGAUAAGAUCUUCACUUCAUUUCUUCGUUAUAUGUUUUUACUAUUUUUCUCUCCGCUGGCUCCGCGUAUUCAAACUUCGGCAAAAUUAUUAGCUCAUUAUUGGUCUGAACAUUUAUCUAGUAAAUAUCAUCAACCCUAUAAAGAAGCUUUGUCAAAAAUGGCUGUUAUGUUUAUUCGUCGAGGAGAUAAAAUGCCUGAAGAUUCAUUUUGGCGAAAACAUAAACAAUGGAGAAAUAUUUCCAUGUAUGUUAAAGGUAUUGUUAAUGAAGAAGAACGUCGUCAUAUGAAAUAUACGACGGUAUUUGUCAUGACUGAUGAUCCCAGCGUCAUGCGUUCGAUCAUAAACUAUGCACAAACUGGUUUAAGAACAAGUCAGAAGGAUGAACCAUAUGCUCGUGAACAUUUACAUGGACGAGAUAUUCUAUACAAUGUUUUCGCCCCUCAAUCAUGUGUUGAUCCGUUGGUUCGUGUAGGCUUCGAUCAAUUCCUUGCUGAUGUUCAGUUUGUCACUGAACAUGCAUCACUUGUUGUUGGACACACAGAUUCGAAUGUUGGCAGAUAUUUAGAAGAAAUUAUCUACGUUAAUCGACAGCAUAAUCCAAACGUCCAAACGUUAACGCAUGUUAUCAAUGCGCCUGAUACACUCGAGUAA